CCUUCAAAAUAACCCCUCUCUCUCUCUUCGUAUAUAAAUAUAUAUAGUGAUGGAAAUUACAUUUGUAUAUAGCAAGUGGGAAGACAAUGUGGCUUAAUUGGUAGCCAUUUGAUUCUUGUGAUUGGUUAACAGGUUUUGCAUUUCUAUUCUUUGAUUCACGUACAUAUAUACACCAUCCACGUCGAUCGCUUUAGUUUAGAGCGAGCGAGCUAAUUCCCAACUCCAUCCUCCAUGUUUCUCAACUUGCAGUGUGGUCUCACAGCAUGAAUAAUUAUUAUCUCUGCAAUUUCUUUUUAUCUCUUUUGGCAUUCUCUAUCCAACCUUUUCUCAUAAGUACUAGUACUCCAUCUUCAUCUGUCCUCAUUUGAUCCCCACUAUUUCUCAGUUUCUGUCCAUGACUGCAACUGCAAGAAAUCAAAGAGAAGUGAUCAUGUGGCCUAGAUUAGUGGCGAACAAAAUUCUGAAGAAGCGAUUGGGAAGCAACAACUUUGUAGCAGAUUUCCCAAGCAACUCGGAGGACUCCACCUUGCAGCUGGAAACACCAAGUUUUGAUCCAGAGAAACCGUUAUCUUUAUGCCCGACGACACCAGCUCCAAAAAUCUUGAAUCACCACAAGCACACACACAAUUACAAGGUUUUUGUUAGUACAUGGAAUGUUGGUGGAGUUGAACCACGAGAUGAUAUGAACAUGGCAGAUUGGAUUACUGACAUAUCCUGUGACAUCUAUGUUUUUGGGUUUCAAGAAAUUGUUCCUCUCAAAGCCUCAAAUGUUCUGGGAUCUGAGAAUAGUAUGAUCUGCAUGAAGUGGAACUCCUUCAUUAGAGAAACUUUGAACAAGAAAAUAAACCACCCGGGAGACAAGAAUAAGGAAAAAAAUGGAAAGUCAAUCAUUGUGGAAAGCAGUACCAAUCCAGAAUCACAGGAUUACUUCCAGUGUAUUAUAAGUAAGCAAAUGGUGGGAAUACUAAUAACAGUCUGGGUUCGAAGAAAUCUUCGUCCUUUGAUUCGGAAUCCGAGUGUUUCAUGUGUUGGCUGUGGCAUCAUGGGUUGCCUCGGCAAUAAGGGUUCGGUGUCAGUUAGGUUUCAACUGCAUGAAACAAGCUUCUGCUUCGUGUGCUGUCAUCUAGCUUCAGGGGGAAGACAAGGAGAUGAGAAACUCAGAAACUCGAACGUAGCUGAAAUCUUGAACAGAACAAGUUUCCCUAGAGGUCCAUUGCUUGAUUUGCCACGAAAGAUCCUAGACCACCAACGAGUAAUCUUCUUGGGAGAUUUGAAUUACAGAAUUUCCCUUCCAGAAGCAACCACACGGUCAUUAGUGGAUAGCAGAGAUUGGAAUGCCUUACUGAAGAGCGAUCAGCUGAGUAUGGAGCUCAAUGAUGGUCAAGUAUUUGAAGGUUGGCUUGAAGGAAGUAUCAAAUUUGCCCCGACUUACAAAUAUUUUCCAGAUUCUGAUACAUAUUAUGGAUGUCCUCCUCCUGCAAGGAAAGGUGAAAAGAGGCGUGCUCCUGCAUGGUGUGAUCGGAUAAUUUGGUAUGGAAAAGGGUUGAAGCAACAUGUAUACGACCGAGGUGAAUCAAAAUUGUCUGACCACAGGCCAGUGAAGUCAAUAUUUACUGCCCAAGUUGAAGUUCUACCAUCGCUUAUGAGAGGAUACCAAAGCUUUUUUCUUUCAGACAGGUUUGACAAAAUUUCAAGCCAGUUUGAGGUACCCUCCACCGACGAUCGAUUUCUAUGUCAACGCAGAUCAUCAAGCUUCAAAGCUUGAGUAUAUACAUCCAAAACAAAAGUGGUUCGUUCUAAGAAGCUUAUAUAUUGGGGAUGAUUUCGGCACUCGAUCGACUUGCACUCUUUGUGCUUCAAUUCGUUUCAACUUUCAACUAUAAUAUUAAAGUGAAGCGUGAGAGUUAAACAAUAUUGGAAGGAGAAGUGCCAAAAUCACCCUCAUUAUAUUUGGUCAUUAGUUGGUUAGUUAAUUCGACUGAUGAUGAAUGUACAGUGGCGGAAGUUGAUACGUGAAAGCUUGUCUGAGGCAUCCUUUCCAUCUUUUUCGAUACAUUAUAAAAAUGGAGCUCGGUUUGUUA